AUGUUUGAGCUUCAUGAACCCCAGAAGCUGCAGAUUCUGUAUGAAUCCUUGGAAAAAAACAUCCCUGAAUCCCUCAAGGUAUAUGGCACCAUUUUCAACAUUAGAAAUAAAAACCCAUUCAAAAUGGAGGUGCUGGUGGAUGCCUGGCCAGAUUAUCAGGUGGUUAUUACUCGGCCUCAGAAAGAGGAGAUGAAGGAUGACUUGGAUCAUUACACCAACACUUACCACAUCUUCACUAAAGCUCCUGAAAAGUUGGAGGAAAUCCUGGCAUGCCCCCAAGUUAUCAAUUGGGAACAAACCUUCCAGAUCCAAGGUUGCCAGGAAAGCUUGGACCAAGCAGUAAGAAAGGUUGCAGCUUCAAAAUUUGUGCAGGUGGAUUAUUUAAAGACUCAUCUUUUUAUAUUAGAAACACCAGUGAAAUGCAACACUUCAAGUGAUGGAGAGAUGGAAUUGAUGGAGGUGUUUAAAAUGCAAAAAGUGGAUGAAGAUAACAAGAAAAAAGACUUACGAAGAAUUUUUUUGGAUGCCUCACAUGCAGGUCUUUUAAAUGAACAAUGGGAGUAUGGAAAGAAUGAAAGGAGCUUGAAAUACAUCGAACGCUGCCUCCAGAAUUUCCCAGCAUUUGGUAUUCUGGGUCCAGACAGGCAGCCCAUCUCUUGGAUAGUGAUGGAACACUCCUGUGAGUUGAGAAUGGGUUACACUGUCCCCAAAUACCGAGGCCAAGGCAACAUGUGGCAAAUGGGUGAUCACCUUAUAAAGUAUCUUUCUGGAAAAAAAAUUCCAUUUUAUAUACAUGUAGCAGAUUAUAAAGAGAAAGUCCAACAGUCAGUGAAAAAAUUUGGGUUUAAGAUUUGUCCUUGUGGCUGGCAUCAGUGGAAAUGCACUCCCAAGAAAUAUUGUUGA